AUGGAUAAAACAAGCGACAAACAACCCGACUUUGUCAACAACGUCCCUCUUCCCGCCGCUGUCACUCAGAGCAAGGGCAGUCCUCAGCCCGAUAUGCCACAGCUCCGCCGGAUGACGCGCGGUAUGAUGGCCGCUGGCGGCGUGAUCCCUCCCGUCGCCGCUCCAGCAAAGCGGAAAGUCAGAGUCCAGAAACCCAUCAUGACCAAGAAAGAAGAGCCCGAUGGCCAUGAAGACACAUCCUCUCAGGGCAAGGCCAGUACGAAGAAGACAAAAGGAUCUUUGCCUGACACCACCGACCCUUGGGGACUUAACCGAAAAGGCGUCCCGGACAUGGAUAAGCUUGUCCAUCUCCUUACUCGGGGCUAUACUAAGAUUCCUGAUGGCUCUGACUUCGCCGAAGCUGCCCACAAAUACAAGUGGCGCGGAAUCGGCCCAGGAAAGCACACGCUCUGGGAGCUGAGGGGCAUCACUCUCAGUGAGAAAGUCCAGGCGCGCAAGAAGGCCAGGGAGAAUCCACAAGAUAAGAUCGCACAGAUCAAGCUCAGUCUAUGUGAGGAGGUCUUCUCUCACAUUGUCAGCGAGUGGGAGGCUGAGAGAUACAGCAGGUGGAGGGGGGACCUCAACAAAAUGAAGAUGAAUUAA